CCGACUUCCCCUGUACAUUUGACCUUUCUAUUAACACCAACCAACAACCAAAAAAAUUAAACUAAUCAUCACAAUUCUCAAUCCACAGAUCCCAAAAAUUCAAUCACACUCAUCUUGAAUAGUAGUACUUUAAUAAUCUUCAAAUACUAUAAAUAUAUUCAGAAAUAAUGUCAACCGACACAGACGACGAAGACGAGCUCUUACAGAUCGAAUUACAGGAGCAAGCACAACGCAAUAUCAAUUACCAGAGACCAGCUAAGCAACCUUCAAAACCAGUUCGCAACUUCGUUCAGCCGCCGUCUCAGCCUAACUUGAGAGCCGGUGCUGCUACGUCGGAGAGGAAGAACCCUAGUGUUGCCGCCGCGAUGCACAAGAGUAGUAAUCAGCAGAGGAAAUCUGUGGAGGAUGACGAUGACUCAGAAAUCGAGAUGCUGAGUAUAUCAUCUGGUGAUGAGGAUUCCUCCAAGGAUCGCGGGUUUGGGUCUAGGAAUCGGGUGGUAAGUGGUGGAGGGAGAGUUGGGAAGGAGGAUGAUGGAUUGUGGGAUGGUGGUGAACCUGAUUCGUGGAAACGUGUUGAUGAAUCUGAGCUAAGACGCAGGGUUCGUGAGAUGAGGGAGGCAAGAGUGGUUGCAACCACUCAAAAGCCUGAGCAGGAGAAGACAGCAGUGCCAAAAAAGGAUCUUAAUAAUUUGCAGUCUUUUCCUCGUGGCAUGGAAUGCGUCCAUCCUCUAAAAUUGGGGAUAGUGGACAACAGAACAUUAAGGUUAAUUAGCGAGAACAUAUCAAGUUCCCCAUCCAUAGGCGACAGAGAUCAUUUAGAUCCCAAUGUUCGUGAGAGGUUGAAUUACUUCUCUGAGAAAUUUGAGCCGAAGUUGUUUCUCUGUCGAAUUCACCAAGAUACCAGUGCAUCUGAGUUAGAAUCAGGUGCUCUUGCUGUGAAGACUGAUCUUAAAGGACGUACCCUGCAGAAAAAACAGUUGGUUAAAGAAAAUUUUGACUGCUUUGUAUCCUGCAAAACAACAAUUGAUGAUAUUGAAUCGAAGUUAAGGCGGAUUGAGGAAGACCCUGAAGGUUCCGGAACCUCUCACUUAUUUAAUUGUAUCGAAGGAGUCAGUUCAAUUGCUAAUCGUGCUUUUGGGCCACUAUUUGAAAGACAAGCUCAAGCUGAGAAAAUAAGAUCUGUUCAAGGAAUGCUGCAAAGGUUCCGAACACUAUUUAACUUGCCCAGCACGAUUCGUCAUAGUAUUAGUACUGGUGAAUAUGACCUGGCUGUCAGGGAGUACAGGAAAGCAAAUUCAAUCGUUCUUCCUUCUCAUGUUGGAAUUUUGAAGCGUGUACUUGAGGAGGUUGAAAGAGUUAUGCAAGAGUUUAAAAGCAAGCUUUACAAGUCUCUGGAAGAUCCUCAGAUUGACCUAACAAAUCUUGAAAAUAAUGUGAGACUCUUGUUGGAGUUGGAACCCGAAUCAGAUCCUGUAUGGCAUUAUUUGAAUAUACAGAACCACAGAAUCCGAGGUUUGCUUGAGAAAUGCACUUUGGAUCAUGAAGCAAGAAUGGAAAAUUUUCGGACUGAGAUGCGUGAAAGGGCUUUAUCUGAUGCAAAAUGGAGGCAAAUUCAGCAAGAUUUGAACCAUACUCCAGAUGCUGAUUACUCUGAUUCUCUUGAAAAUACAUAUCUGACGGGUGAUUCACAACAAGUGGAAUUUACUGGUGAAAAGGUUGAUGCUCUCAGAGGAAGUUAUAUAAGGAGGUUGACUGCUGUAAUUAUCUAUCAUGUACCUUCCUUUUGGAGAGUAGCUGUUGCAGUUUUCAGUGGGAAAUUCGCGAAGUCUUCUCAGGUAUCCUCUGAUUCAAAUGUGACUGCCUCUGCGAAUAAAAGUGAAGAAAAAGCGGGAGAUGGGAAGUACUCAAAUCAUUCUCUUGAUGAAGUUGCUGGGAUGGUGCGCAGUACUAUAUCAGCAUAUGAAUCCAAGGUCCAGAAUGCAUUUGGGGAUCUUGAAGAAUCAAAUAUUCUUGGCCCAUACAUGAGUGAUGCCAUAAAGGAGAUAGCCAAAGCAUGUCAGGCUUUUGAAGCGAAAGAAUCAGCACCUUCAAUUGCUGUUGCAGCAUUGCGAACACUUCAGUGUGAGGUCUCAAAAGUUUACAUAAUGAGGCUCUGUUCAUGGAUGCGGUCUACAGUUGAAGAGAUAUCAAAAGAUGAAUCCUGGGUCCCAGUAUCUAUUUUACUGAGGAAUAGAUCUCCAUACACCAUUUCUUCGUUGCCUUUGGCUUUCCGUUCAAUUAUCACAUCUGCAAUGGAUCAGACCAGUGUAAUGAUCGAGUCUUUGCAGAAUGAGGCCAUGAAGUCGGAAGAAAUAUUCUUGCAGCUUCAAGGAAUCCAGGAAUCUGUUAGACUAGCCUUCUUGAAUUGUUUGCUGAAUUUUGCUGGUCACCUGGAGCAAAUUGGAGGUCAGCUUAACCUGAAUAAAUCCAACAGAGAAAGUCCAUAUUUUCAGAAUGGAUAUCUUGAACUAGAAGAAAAAUCAUCUGAACCCCUGCCAGGAAGUAUUGUUGAUCCACAUCUACAGCUGCUGAUGGUUUUAAGUAACAUUGGAUAUUGUAAAGAUGAACUUGCUCGUGAAUUGUACUGCAAAUACAAACAAAUUUGGCUGCAGCCUAGGGGUAAGGAUGAAGAGGACAAUGAUAUCCAAGAGUUGAUUAUGUCUUUCACUGGGCUUGAAGAGAAGGUCCUUGAACAGUACACUUUUGCAAAGACAAAUUUGAUUAGAACAGCAGCUAUAAACUAUUUCUUGGAUGGUGGAGUACAAUGGGGUGCUGCGCCAGCAGUUACGGGUGUGCGAGAUGCUGCUGUGGAAUUGCUACACUCUCUAGUAGCUGUACAUGCAGAGGUCUUCGCUGGUUGUAAGCCUCUACUGGAAAAGACGCUUGGUAUACUUGUUGAAGGCCUAAUAGAUACUUUCCUGAGUCUUUUCCAUGAAAAUCAAGACAAAGAUCUUAGAGCAUUAGAUGAGAAUGGUUUUUGCCAGCUUAUGCUUGAGCUGGAUUACUUCGAGACCAUAUUGAAUCCAUAUUUUACACAUGAAGCAAGGGAGUCGCUGAAAACAUUACAAGGGGACCUCUUAGAGAAAGCAACUGAGUGUGCUGCUGAGGCUACUGAAACUCCAACUCACAAACGCCGGCCAACACGUGGAAGUGAUGAUGUAUUUCUGGAUGACCGGCAGCAAGGGAGGACUGUAUCACCAGAUGACCUGAUUGCUCUUGCCCAGCAGUAUAGUUCUGAGCUACUUCAACCUGAACUUGAGAGGACUAGACUCAAUACAGCAUGCUUUGUGGAAUCAAUUCCCCUGGAUUCUGUUCCAGAAUCAGCAAAGACAGCAUAUGCCUCUUUAAGAGGAUCUCUGGAUUCUCCAAGUAGAAGUUUUAGGGGAUCACAACAUAUUGGUUCCCCGAGUUUCUCCAGGCCCAGACGUAGAUAAGUUAGUAUCAUUUCUUUUCUGUCAGUUUUUCUGGUGUAAUGUUUGUGCAGUUGUUUUAUUUUAGCCGUUCAUACAUUCUUUUGUUAGAAGGAAGGCACUUCGCUGAUAAUGGAAAACCAUCGCCAACCUCAUUUGAAAUUCAUUCAUGUAGAAUUGGAAAAGUUUUUCGUCAGAUGACCUUUUCAAGGGUUUUAUGCAAUUUAGUUGAAUGAAAAUUUUGUAUCUUGCAUUUGGAUAA